CAAAGGCGGCCAUUGCUUGAACACAGAGAUCACAGACAGUGAGGAUUAGCAGUAAGUUUGUUGUUUGUGACUGUGUUUUGUUUUGAUAAGGUGCCCAGUUACAACUUUGUUGUCAUGUUAACGUAAGAAUUGACGAAAUCAGGACAUGAAUUUUGGGAUCUAAACGUGUGUAAGGAUCUAAGAUGGCGCGGGGAUCGUUGUGUUUAGUAUUGCUGACAAUUCUACUGCACCAAUGCGCCAUUCUGAACGUGAGUAAAGCCCAAGGGGGGUUCUCGGGUACCGGAACUCGUACAAAUUCGAAAUGUGAACCGAUUGCUAUCCCUUUGUGUAAAGAUAUUAUAUACAAUGAGACAAUUAUGCCCAAUUUGCUGGCUCAUCAGCACCAGGACGACGCCGGCUUAGAAGUGCAUCAGUUUUUUCCACUGGUUAAAGUUCAGUGCAGUCCCCAGCUGCGACUUUUCCUAUGUACAAUGUAUGUGCCCGUGUGCACCGUUUUGGAUGAACCUAUACCGCCCUGCCAGUCUCUUUGUAACCAGGCUCGACAUGGAUGCGAGAGUCUGAUGAACAAAUUUGGAUUCCAAUGGCCAGAUACAUUAGAGUGUAGCAAGUUUCCACCCAGAGGACUGUGUGUUGGUGAAAACAACACUGACCCCGACACCACCACGGGCACAGGUAACGGGGGCGGCGACCCAGGGACAGGAAUCCCUGGGGGAGGGGGUACAAUUAUGUUUCCCAAUCCUGAUCAGGUAUUCAACACAACACGACGCCACAAUUAUGAAUGUCCAGCAGAUUUGAAGGUAAAUCAAGGUUUUGAUUACAGACUGAAGAUUAAGAAUCAUGUGUUUCGAGACUGCGGUGCCCCCUGUCAUGAUAUGUUUUUCACGAAAGCAAAAUUAGACACAGCGCGUCUUUGGAUUGGUAUAUGGUCCUGUAUUUGUCUUGGAUCCACGUUGUUUACAGUUUUGACAUUCCUUAUUGAUAUGACCCGAUUCCGUUACCCGGAGCGCCCUAUCAUAUUCUUGUCGGGAUGCUACUUUAUGGUGGCGCUGGCCUAUGUGAUCGGUUUCUCCCUCGACAAGGACAGCGUUGCUUGUAACAAAUUUCAUGGCCGAGAAGAAUCGCUUGUGACACAAGGAACAAAGAAAGAAUGGUGCACUAUUCUUUUUAUGAUGUUAUUUUUCUUUAGCAUGGCCAGUUCAAUCUGGUGGGUGAUUUUGACCUUGACAUGGUUUCUAGCUGCGGGCAUGAAAUGGGGUCACGAGGCUAUCGAGGCAAACUCGCAGUAUUUCCACUUAGCUGCCUGGGCUGUUCCAGCUAUCAAAACUAUCGCUAUACUGGCCAUGGGACAAGUUGACGGAGACGUCCUCAGUGGUGUCUGUUUUACAGGUAUAUUUGACGUGGACGCUCUUCGUGGAUUUGUUUUAGCUCCACUAGUGUUAUACCUGAUCAUUGGAACAUCGUUUUUACUUGCAGGAUUUGUUUCAUUAUUUCGUAUUAGAACAAUUAUGAAAAGUGACGGUACAAAAACCGAUAAACUUGAGAAAUUAAUGGUGAGAAUAGGAAUAUUUUCUGUGCUGUACACAGUACCUGCGACCAUAGUGAUCGCAUGUUACUUUUAUGAACAGUCAUUCCGAGACAAUUGGAUGGCCUCCUGGUUCUACAAGAAAUGUUCAAUGUCGCGAACCACAUGUCUGGUAGAUCUGCCGAUCAACCAUAACCCAGACUUCAAUGUGUUCAUGAUAAAAUAUUUGAUGACAGUAAUCGUGGGAAUCACCUCCGGAGUGUGGAUCUGGACGGGCAAGACCGUCAGCUCGUGGAAAGGUUUUUACGCAAGACUAUGUGGUGGUUCUAAAAAGCAGUCCGAAACUGUUGUGUAACAUUACACUUGAUAUAUGGGCAGUCCAUAUGUGGAUAAGAUGUACAAUAUAAACUACAUGAAUUCAGUCAUUAUUCGGAUGUGUAACGUACAUGUAAAAAUGUGGUCAUUAUCCAUAGGAACCGUUAUCAAGAUGUGUCAUGCACAUGUAAAGCGCCUGCAGUGCUACAAUGGUGUUGUUGGUGUAUUGAUCUGAGGAUGUAACUGGUCGACUUUCCCUGUAAUUAUGUGGCCCUACCACUGAAAUGAUGGUGGAGCUUCAGGUUUGCAGUAUUGACUCUAGGGGCCUGUUGAUUAGAGGUUGUGUAAUGUUUUCAUGUGUUAACGAAACCAUUCAUCCAUUUAAAUGCCAAAGAUGUACUCUUGUUUUGGAUGAUGAGGAAGGCCCUUCCCCAUUCACUUGAUUUUAUGUCACAGCUCAUCACAUGAGGGAUACCAUGAUAGGGUUAGCAGUACAUGCAACAGAAAAUUCAUGGUUGGAGUUCUCUGAUGUCGAGAGAAAUAUUUCUAUUGUUUUAGUGUAUAAACAAACAUGAUUGAACUUAAAUUCAUGUGAAUUAUGUUAAAUACAAAAUUUAUACAAUGUGUGUAAUGCUCUGAAUAUCUGAACAUAACACUUAUGGUGCAGAAAUGUUACAUAUCAAUGGUACACUGUCAUUUAGGUGUGAAUUAGCUAGGAUCAUAUCUAAGAUUAAACGCUUCAGAAACGUUUAUAUAUUUUUUGUCAGAUUUUUGGAGGGAAAAAAAAGUAUUUGGCGAGGUCUAGCAGGAAUUGAUACGAUUUAAGUAAUUUGGAGGAAUUUUUUUUUUUUUUAUUUGAGAUAUAUAACAUCCUUAAAGCUAAUAGGCUACAUAUACAUCAUCACAAGAAUGUUUUGUAGGUAUUAUUUUGAGUAAUUAAAAGUAGUCCUACAAGUUACAUAAACUAGCUAAAUAUUGUUAAAAGAUUUACUCUAACUUUCAGCCUGUACUUUAUACAAAUUUGCAUGAGUGAUUUUGUGUACAUGUCAAGUGUGUGAAAGUGUAUGUAUUGUAAGAAGCUGCCAUAUAAUGGAAGAUUUUGUUCCCUUUUUCCAGUACUUAAUAUAACACUACAAACAAUAUACAUGGUAAAAUGCAGUAUUUUGAACAGGGAAGUGAAGGCCAAAAUAAUGAUUUUACUACAUGUGCUAUCAGUAUUACAAGAUUUCAUUUUUCAUUGGUUUUCAUACCACUCUGAAAGAGAAUUAAACACACCAUUCUUCAGGGAAAUUUUAGGGUUAGCUUUUAUGUAUACACCAAAUGACUUGACCUUUUACUUAGUUGAGGUCAUGAAUAUGCAUAACCGUGACUGCCAAAUGAAAUAUCAAAUGUCAAACGAGCAAUAUAUGUAGACCACACUUAAAUAAUGACUAUCCUGCCCUUGUAGAUGUUCAGGAUUUGGCACUAGUCUCCACACUGUACCAAUAUAUAGCAGGUUGAUCCAGUUCUAUUCCAUAUGGUGGAACAAGUCUGUAGCGAUAGUGAUCGGAGUUGUUUGCAGCCUUUUUUCCAAGAUAAAAAAGUGCCUCGUUAUUCUGUGGAACAAAAAAUUAACUUCAUUUUAUAGAAAUUAUUUUUGCCAAAUUUAUGCAGUUAUGUGUGCCAGACUACUUGUGACGCUAGCUAGUACUAUAUAUAAAAGUUUUAGAAAUCCUUAAAAAGAAUGGAAAAACUUUUAUCACAAGGGCAAUAAUUCUAACGAGAUUAAAAAAACCAGUGUCAUUUUCAUAAAACAUGCAUUACACUGAUGUUCUGCACGACAUAUCAGAACCACAACAAAUACUGCUUGAAAAAUUAUCGUUAAACACCUCAACUUAUUGAAAUGUCACAAAAUGACUUAACUAUAAACCCUGUAGAAAUAGGCUUGGCUUUUGAAAGGAUGGUACUGAGGACAGAGUCAUUAUGGCCGUUAGCUUCAUCAUGUCGAUAUUCUGUGGAGUUUAAUAUUAACGAUUUUGGCCAGUCAUUUUCUCGCAAGACUUUAAAGUACUGAAAUAGAUCUAUGUGAAGUUUUUAAUGUCCUUUUGAGUUUUAGAUAAAUACAUACAUGUAUGGUAUGUAUUUGAAAAUUCAUUUUUGAAAAAAAAAGUUACAUGUGCAUAUUUUUGUUCUGUAUACAUUAAUGUAUGAAAACUUAAGCAUUCAACAUUUUCCAAUUAAUUUAUUAAUUGUGUGUAAAGUUUUACAAUUACAUUAAACUAUUUUAUAUAACAAGCUUGGCAUCCCUUUUUAAUCUGGUUGACCCAGGGAAGGGAUAGUUGAGUUUACAUAAAUGUACAGUAUUUUAUCUAUAAAUUGUAAUAUUAAAUAAAGGUUGUAUAUAUAUGUACAGAAUUACAACACCAAAUAGUCGGGUGGACUCCUCCAACAUCUGAUGCAGAUCAGAAAUCUCAACGUACCAGGAAACAAACCCAGCAUCUGUCAAUUUUCACUGUACUUAUUAACAAUCUUAGUUCUGGACCUGUCUGUAUUUUUGUGUAUGCUUUGGUUCGGAAUAUGCCAUUUUGGUUUAAAUAGACAAAAUACAUCUACUGAAUUUUGGAUGUUUCCUUGUUUUUGGAGGACGUGUUCUGGGAGAGGAAGGGGAGAUAGAUGUUUCCGGUUUUCCUGGUUUGAGGAAGAAAUGUUUGGUGGGGGAGGGGAUAGAUGGUUCCUGGUUUUGGAUGUUUCCUGGUUUUUGGAGGAAAUGUUCUGGCUUGUUGGUGUAUGUACAGAACUGUAUCUAGUGUAAAAAGCAUUAGUGAGGCAAUGGUAGAUGCAUUUGUAUAUAGCUUAUAACUGCAAAUCUGUGUCAAUGGUUAAUUUUAUUGAAUUUGAAUAAUGUAAAACACAUUUUAUAUCACAGAUACCUUUUUAAUGUGUUAAUUGUGUUAAAAAUAAUUAAAAAAAAAACAUGUAUCAAAGUUGUCAGUAAUGUUGAGGCGCAUAUACUGAACUUUCAAUUUCAUGUAUCGAGUGUGUGUACCCUUACCUUGGCUUCCAAAAUUUGACCUAGAUCGAGACGAUCAUUUUUUUCUAGCUUUUUUACGUAUGUAAUCAGUAUUUUAACUUCUUAUUUCAGAUUCAAAAGUGGUUUAGCUAAACCUGUGUUUGUCAGUGUCACACUUGAUGAAGUAACUGAACAAAAAAAGAUUGGAAAUUAAAUUUAUUUUUACAUUCUUUCUUUUUUUUUGAGUGAAUUCCUUGAUAUUAAGAUGACUUUAAUCUAAUGUGUUUUUAGAAUUUUUUAAAAUAUCGAUUUGGAGCAUAGAAGAGUGGAAAAAAAAACUUGCUGGAUAUUCUACCAAGCUUUUUAAUGUGCCAAACUCAGUCACAAAAUGCUGUAGAUGUAUACAAUGUUGUCCCUCUCUAAAUAGCAUGUUGUAGUCCUAGGGUUGUGUGGAGAACUUGACCAAAUUUUACAUUGGCUGACAAGGAGAGGUCAGAGGAUAUACUGUAACCAUGGCAACAGUUUAUACAAAACAUAGGUUGUAAUAAAUCUUUGUUGUAAGAUUUUAAUGAUACUUUUUUUUAACUGUAUUAAACUUGUACUUUUGUGACCUACUGGUUAAUACUGUGGUCAGUACCACAAUCUUAAUGAUUAUUUUGAGUUUGCCGUUUGUAUUUUUUUUAUUGAAUGUUAUCAGGCUUAACAAUUGUAAUAUGUUUAAAAAAAAAAAGAGUUGCAAACUUGAACACCUCACCUUUCAUGUUUUAAAGUGUGUAAUCUUACCUUAUUGUGGUUCAUGAAGCAGCUUUCCAUAAUGUGUUAAAACGUAGAAUUUUAUAAUUUUUUGAAAUAUUUCAUUUUAAUUAGGCUUAAAAACAUUCAACAAGUAUAGGGUUACCUAUUGCUAAAUAUAUAUAUAGAGGGAGAACUGUAAAGACUGCGGGUUAUCUGUGAUACUGUAGUGACAAGGUUAUCUACGGUACUGUAGUGACAAGGUUAUCUACGGUACUGUAGUGACAAGGUUAUCUACGGUACUGUAGUGACAAGGUUAUCUACAGUACUGUAGUGACAAGGUUAUCUACAUUACUGUAGUGACUGUAGGUUAUCUACAUUACUGUAGUGACUAGGUUAUCUACGGUACUGUAGUGACUAGGUUAUCUACGGUACUGUAGUGACUAGGUUAUCUACGGUACUGUAGUGACUAGGUUAUCUACGGUACUGUAGUGACUAGGUUAUCUACGGUACUGUAGCGACUAGGUUAUCUACGGUACUGUAGUGGCUGUAGGUUAUCUAUGGUACUGUAGUGAUGGUAGGUUAUCUAUGGUACUUAAGUGACUGUAGGGUAUCUACGGUACUGUAGUGACUGUAGGUUAUCUGUGAUACUGUAGUGACAAGGUUAUCUACAGUACUGUAGUGGCUGUAGGUUAUCUGUGGUACUGUAGUGACUGUAGGUUAUCUACGGUACUGUAGUGACUCUUAAGUUAUCUACGGUACUGUAGUGACUGUAGGUUAUCUACGGUACUGUAGUGACUGUAGGUUAUCUACGGUACUGUAGUGGCUGUAGGUUAUCUAUGGUACUGUAGUGACGUUAGGUUAUCUACGGUACUGUGGGGGCUGUAGAUUGUCUAUGGUACUGUAGUGACCAGGUUAUCUACGGUACUGUAGUGGCUGUAGGUUAUCUAUGGUACUGUAGUGACGUUAGGUUAUCUACGGUACUGUGGGGGCAGUGUGAGAUGUUAUUCUACUAUUCUGUAUUGCUUAUAGAUUCAUAGCUGAGGUAGUUGAAGCCUGAAUCGAAUGAGAUGUCACAAGUGUCAUCUGUAGAACUGUAUAUGUCUCUCGGGAGAAUUAAAUAAACCUUUGCCCCAGGGAGUUAAAAAUAACAGCCACUUCUCAUUACAUGAUAAAUCGAUCAAAAUAUAAAUUUAACAAAAAAUUGCCCGAGGGAAAGUAAACAGUGAAUUAAGCAGUGUAUCAGGGUAAGUGGGUUUAGUUUUGUGUACUUGUAGAGGUAGUAGUGCUGGAAAGUCAUUUGACACCUAAACACCUAUGAAAACACAGUCAGUCCGGCACAGCCCACAGCAAGACACAGGCCAUACAAACACUUGUAGCCCGAGGCUCCGCAAAACUUAGUCAUUUUGUAAGGUCAAGCUUCAUGAAAAAACAAUGAUGGAAGAUGACAUUUUGAGUUCAUGUUGGUGUACAUGUGAAGAUGCUGAUGGAGUAGAUGUAUGUAUGGGGACAGUAUCAAGGCACUUGUAGGCAGUUUGUCGUACAACCAAAAUAUCAUGCUACAACAGGAUAUUUUGUCAUGUAGAGUUACUGUGUAAUAGGCAGACCAGGAUACCAAGCAGUCUGAUCCUUAACACAGCUGUGGCAGUUUUCCAUGCCUGAAGUGUUUAGUCAAAUAUCUUUCAGGAUGGUAACUGUUCUUCGGUAGAAAUGGUUUGUGGUUCAUCUGUCAUUACAGCAAAUUAUAUUCUUUUUUUUUAUCUCAUCACCGAUAAAGGGAAUAUAAUAUGAACGAUAGCAUGACCUUGCUUGUCCCAGUAAUACAAGAGAUGGAGAUACAGAGUGAGGGAGAGAGAGAGAGAUGGUUGUAAGGGCCAACAGAAUGCUUGUCCACUAAUAUAAUAUAUACUUGUCCGGUAAUCAUAAUACUAAAUGUUAGAAAUGUGAAUAAAACAUUAUAAAUUGAC